AAACCGAACCGGCUAAGUGGAAACAAAACUAGCCGCCACACACUCUCUCGCUCGGUUUACUACCCUCUCCAUCUACUCUCUCGAUCCUUCUUUGGAAAUCAGGCAAAACCGGGAAGAAAGGCGAUGAUGGUAUUCCGGCCAACAUCUCGCCGACGUUUUUGUUUCGAUCGACGGAAGGGAGAAGGAACGUCGCCGGCGGCGAUCUCUGGCGGUGGUGGUGACGAAGACAGGUGGCCCUCUUUACGUCGAGUACGAAAACAGAGUGGCGAGGAGAGUAGCCGAAGGACGGCUGCCGCUGUCAGUUUUGGGUUUCGUCGGCGCCGACGAUGACAGGAGGGGGACACUUGGUUUAGUUUGUCUGUGUUUCUCGUAGCCAAGAGGAAGAAGAGAAGUAACAGAGAUUUUUGCAGAGUAUAUGUUAUUGGUUUGGUGUAUGGAUUUAGGAGAGGAAAGGGAAGAGCACCGGGGAAGGAGAACAAAAGAGUUCCGUCGAGGAAGGGGAAGAGAAGAAGGAAGAAGGUUGCCUGUUUUUUUAUUGCUCAUGGAGAGGAAGA